CUGUACCCACGAUCGGAAGAUUACGUGCGUUGCGUACACGCAAUUCAAAUCCUCUCGCGUAAUAAUUUAUCCCCGAACCCACCCUCUUCACUUGUCCUCUCUCUCUUUCUCUCUCCAUGUCUCUCAAUAUAUAUACCUUUUCUCACUCCUUUCAGCUUAAAAAAGUAUAACACAAGCCCCUCGAAAGCAGGGACUUGCAGAACCAUGCCACAGCGGGACGCAUACGAGACCGACUGGAUCGUCGAAGUCAACGAGAGCCUCAAGUGCAUGCCCACCGACGAGCGACAGUAUUGGAAGAAGCGGUCCAUCUACCGGGUCCCUACCUCUGUCACCGACCUCAAUCGCAAGGCCUUCCAGCCGCAGUCUGUCUCCUUCGGUCCCUACCACCACGGCAAAAGCCACCUCCGCACCAUGGAGGACCACAAGUGCCGUGCGUUUCUCCAAUUCCUGAGACGGUCUGGGAAGCCUCUCGAUCCCUUCCUCGAGUCCCUGAGGGAAGUGGCACGGGACCUCGAGGAGAGCUAUGACACACUGGGCCCGGAGUGGAAGGAGGGCGGCCGAGAGGGCGCAGGGGACCGGUUCCUAAAGCUGAUGAUCAUUGACGGCUGCUUCAUGCUUGAGAUCCUGAGGGCCGCGACACAGGAGGUGGAUGACUAUGAGCCUGAUGACCCUAUAUUUCACACCCGCGGGAUGCUUUACAUAAUGCCAUACAUAUGGCCAGACAUGCUGAUGCUGGAGAAUCAGCUGCCAAUGCUAGUGUUGGAUCGGCUGGUUGCUGUCGAGAGCGAUGGCAAGGAGGAUGACGAAUACAUCAACAGGCUCAUCCUCAAUUACUGCUCCCCCGUCAAGCACACCGCAAGGAUAGGCAAAUGCUUGCACGUCCUGGACGUUGUCAGGAAGAGCCUACUACUAUACGAGAAGCCCAAGCCGGACAAGGUGGGGUGCGAGGGCUUUCUGUUAGUCAGGUCGGCCACUGAGCUCAUCGAGCAUGGGAUCCGGCUCAAGAAGAGCAAGACCAAAAGCCUCACGGACAUCUCCUUUGCCGGCGGGGUCCUGAGUCUCCCUGAGGUCGUGGUGGAAGAAGCAACCGAGUCCAUGUUCCUCAACCUCAUCACCUUUGAGCGCUUCCACGUCAGGACGGGGAAUGAGGUCACAUCCUACAUUUACUUCAUGGACUACAUCAUCGACAAUGUUUGUGACGUCACGCUUCUCCACAACUUGGGCAUAGUCCUGAAUGUCCUGGGGGAUGACAAGGAAACCACCGAGCUGUUCCACUUGAUGGCCAAGUACACAACAAUAGAACCCGACAACAGUCUCAUUGCCGUGUGCAAUGAGGUCAACGAGUACUGCAACAAGCCCUGGAAUAAGUGGAGGGCUAAUCUCAUCCAGACAUACUUCAGGAGUCCUUGGGCUUUAUUGUCUCUCAUCGCCGCCAUCUUCCUCUUCGCACUCGCUACUAUUCAGACCGUUUAUACCGUUCUCAGCUACAAGACUUGAACCCACCCUUUGCCUCUCCGUACAAUAAUUUUCCCUUUCCAGUCAUGUUCAUUUCCCACUUUUAAUGAACCGAAUGAUGGACAUUUGGCUGUUUAUUUAUCAUUAUCAUAUGAUAAUUCUCUUGUUUCA